AAUUGUUUCCUUUCUUUUUUACCCGUGGUGCGUGUUCGACACGUUGUUCGAGUACUGAUUUACUUGCAUUAAUUUAGAAGUGCAAAUCAUCAAAAUGUCUCUCGUUAUCCCUGAGAAGUUCCAGCACAUUCUUCGUAUCAUGAAUACGAACAUCGAUGGUAAGCGCAAGGUAGGAAUUGCCAUGACUGCCAUCAAGGGUGUGGGUCGCCGUUACUCCAACAUUGUGUUGAAGAAGGCCGAUGUCGAUUUGACCAAGCGUGCCGGUGAGUGCACCGAGGAGGAGGUUGACAAGGUGGUGACCAUCAUCACAAACCCCCUGCAAUACAAAGUGCCCAACUGGUUCCUUAACAGACAAAAGGACAUCAUUGAUGGCAAAUACUCGCAGCUGACAUCCUCCAACUUGGAUUCCAAGCUCCGUGAUGAUUUGGAGCGUUUGAAGAAGAUCCGCUCCCAUCGCGGUCUGCGUCACUACUGGGGUCUCCGUGUCCGUGGUCAGCACACCAAGACAACUGGUCGUCGUGGUCGCACUGUCGGUGUGUCCAAGAAGAAGUAAGCUGUAGCAUUUGACGUCGUCUUUAAAAGUGAAUUUGCUGGAUAUGUUACUUUUUUGCUACUAUCAACCAACAACAUCAACAAGAAAAUAAAUAAAAACAGAAAAAAUUCCAUAA